AUGUCUGUAAACAAAUGUUUAUUUACUAUUACUUCUGGAGUUUUACUUGCUUUUUUUUUUCUUUCCUUUUCUUGCGUUUAUAUCCUUUCAUAUCUCCGCCCUUCAUCUAACCACAUAUCACCCACGCAGACGAGUUACACUCUCUCUCUUAACCUGGUUCCUAGCAUACGUGAAGCACUAGUCUCCACAGCGUUGCUAAAAUACACCAUCUGCAAAAACAUUUCUUGGUUUGUCCUUCGGACCAUUGAUCUAUCUAUCUAUCUAUCUAUCUAUCUAUCUAUCUAUCUAAGGCAAUUCCUAUCUAUCUAUCUAUCUAUCUAUCUAUCUUUCUCUCUCUCUCUCUCUCUCUCUACCUAUCUAUUUAUCUAUCUAAGGCAGUUCAUAUCUAUGUAUGUAUCUAUGUAUCUAAGACAGCUCAUAUCUAUAUGUCUGUCUAUCUAUCUAUUUAUCUAUCUAUUUAAGUACAAACCUAUAUAUGUAUGUUUGUAUGCAUCUAUCUAUCUAAGGCAGUUCAUAUCCAUCUAUCUAUCUAUCUAUCUAUCUAUCUAUCUAUCUAUCUAUCUAAUGAAGUUGAAAUUUGGCCUACCAAAAAUCGUUGCUUGCCCCCUUAUCCUGGCGCGAACGCAAAUCCCUGUGGCCAGAGAUAAUUUUACGACCGUCUUUUUCUACAAGCAGACCCCUAUUAUGUAUUUCUUUGCAAUACUUUCGUUCCAUCUCUUCCGCAACAAGACGAACAGGCGUACAUAUAUAUAUGUCGACAUUUCACGCCUAAGAAACACUUGA